AUGGUCGGCGUUAUAGCAACUCCAAUAGAAGAUAAAGUUUCUGAGAAUAAUAAUGUCUUGGAUAAAAGAUACACUUACGGGGAUAUUUGCUGGGUCGGAAGUUAUGAAAAUGCACCCUGCUAUCCGAAUUGCGGCAGUUAG